AUGUCCAAAGCAUCAACAACAACAAUCAAUGUUAUUGGAGCUGGUCUUCCAAGAACCGGUACAAGUAGUUUAAAAAUGGCAUUAGAAAUACUUUUCCAUCAACCAUGUUAUCAUAUCACUGAAACAGUAACGAAAAACUAUUAUGAUAUAGGGAGAUGGCAGAAAUUACUUAAUGAAGUUCAGAAGAUCAACUUGAAUGAAACAAUGAUCUAUGAAGGUUUAAAUGAAAUAUUAAAUGGUUAUACAUCAGUAACAGAUAUUCCAGCAUGUGGAUUUUAUAAAGAACUGAUGAGGGUUGUAUUGACAAUUCGUGAUAAAAACGACUGGUUGUCUAGUUUACGUCAAACAAUAAUACCGAAAACCAAUCAUUCACACACACUAGUGGUGGAUAAAGUCAAGCAAAUACUGGGACUUGAUGAAGACUUCGUUAAAAUGGCAUUUGAUUCACUGAAAUUUGCAUUUCGUAAACGUGAAAUUGACUUCGAUGAUGAUACAGUACUAUUGGAAUGUUACGAUGAAUAUAAUGAAAUGGUAGUUGACAGUGUACCAUCUAAGCGUCUUCUAGUACAUAAACUUGGAGAUGGUUGGGAGCCAUUGUGUAAAUUUUUGAAUGUGAAUGUACCUCAUUGUAUACCAUAUCCUCAUAUCAAUGAUCGGAAUGAAACAUGCAUACGUGUUGACUUGCUCAAAAACAUUGGUAUCCUCUGA